GACUGUUGAGUGCUGUCUGCUUGCGAUAUCUGUUACUGGACCUGGAAGUUGAGAAGUGUCAGCCAAUCAGAGUUCUUCGGGGAAAGUUGUCUACCUGAUCGUCAGUGAGCCAUCCGUAUUGGACGUACGAUUAUGUUGGUGGCGUGUGAAGUGUUUGUGAUUUGUGUUUAGGGCGUAAAAUGAGUGAGGGCGUUUCUGCAGAGAUAUUAUAUGAACGUUGAUAUAAACAGAGUUGUUGGAACGCCGCGAUUGUUGACAUUUUUUUCAAUGUUUUGCUAGGAAUAAUAGUGAGAGUGUAAAUUAGGUGGUGGAACAAAAGUACGCAAAAUGGCGGACUUGGAGGCUGUGCUCGCGGAUGUGAGCUAUUUGAUGGCUAUGGAGAAAAGUAAAUGCACUCCAGCAGCCAGAGCAAGUAAAAAGAUAAUACUUCCCGACCCAAGUGUUCGAAGUGUAAUGCACAAGUACCUCGAGAAGAAAGGAGAAGUUAACUUCGACAAGAUCUUCAAUCAAGUGAUCGGGUUCCUGCUCUUCAAGGACUACUGCGAGAACGUGUCUGAGGAGCCCGUACCGCACCUCAAGUUCUACGAGGAGAUUAAAAAGUACGAGAAACUAGAGGCUGCUGAAGAUAGGAAAAAACUAGCGCGAGAAAUUUAUGAUAAUUUCAUCAUGAAAGAAUUGUUGGCCCAUACACAUGAAUAUUCCAAAGACUCUGUAGCCCAUGUUCAAAGAUUACUAACGAAAAACGAAGUCCCCAUUAAUUUAUUUGAGCCAUACAUAGAAGAAAUAUUUAAUCACUUAAGAGGAGAACCUUUUAGGAAAUUUUUAGAAAGUGAAAAAUACACUAGAUUCUGCCAGUGGAAGAAUCUAGAACUAAAUAUACAGUUAACCAUGAACGACUUCAGUGUUCAUCGAAUCAUCGGUCGCGGGGGCUUCGGGGAAGUGUACGGCUGCCGCAAGGCUGACACGGGGAAGAUGUACGCCAUGAAAUGCCUGGACAAGAAGCGAAUAAAAAUGAAGCAAGGGGAAACACUGGCCCUCAACGAGAGGAUAAUGUUGUCUCUAGUCAGUACUGGGGUGGACUGCCCCUUCAUCGUGUGCAUGACGUACGCGUUCCACACCCCGGACAAGCUGUGCUUCAUCCUGGACCUGAUGAACGGCGGAGACCUGCACUACCACCUCUCGCAGCACGGCGUCUUCAACGAGGUCGAGAUGAAGUUCUACGCCGCGGAGGUGAUUCUGGGUCUGGAGCACAUGCACAGGCGGUUCAUCGUGUACCGGGACCUGAAGCCGGCGAACAUCCUGCUGGACGAGCACGGCCACGUGCGGAUAUCCGACCUGGGCCUCGCCUGCGACUUCUCCAAGAAGAAGCCCCACGCCAGCGUAGGAACGCACGGCUACAUGGCUCCAGAGGUGCUGUCGAAGGGCACGGCAUACGACUCGAGCGCGGACUGGUUCUCGUUCGGCUGCAUGCUCUACAAGCUGCUCAAGGGCCACAGUCCCUUCCGGCAACACAAGACGAAGGACAAGCACGAGAUAGACAGGAUGACGCUCACGAUGAAUGUGGAACUGCCGGAAUCAUUUUCCAAGGAGCUGAGGUCGUUGUUGGAGGGGUUACUGCAUCGAGAUAUCGACAAACGACUAGGCUGUAAAGGAAAUGGUGCGGACGAGGUGAAGGAGCACGCGUUCUUCGGCGACCUGGACUGGCAGCAGGUCUACCUGCAGAAGUACACCCCGCCCCUCACGCCCCCCCGCGGCGAGGUGAACGCCGCGGACGCGUUCGACAUCGGCUCCUUCGACGAGGAGGACACCAAGGGGAUCAAGCUGACGGAUGCGGACCAGGAGCUGUACAAGAACUUCCCGCUGGUGAUCUCGGAGCGGUGGCAGGCGGAGGUGGCCGACACGGUGUUCGAGACCAUCAACACGGAGGCUGACAAGGUGGAGAUGAAGAAGAAGGCAAAACAUAAGCUCAAGUUCGACACCGACGAGAAAGAGUCGGACUGCAUCCUGCACGGCUACAUCAAGAAGCUGGGCGGGCCGUUUGCAUCGGCGUGGCAGACGCGCUACGCCAAGCUGUACCCCAACCGGGUGGAGCUGCACCCGGAGAGCGGCAGCACCAAGCCGGAGCUCGUGUUCAUGGACCAGAUCGAGGACAUCAGCGCGGACCUGGUGCACGUCAAGAGCGAGCAGUGCAUCGUGGUGCGCACGCGGGACAGCAAGAUCGUGCUCACCAAUCCGGACGAGAUCGGCCUGAAGGAGUGGGCCCAGUCGCUGCGCGUCGCGCACAAGAACUCCCAGGAGCUGCUCGGCAGCAUGGCGAAGAAGGCGGGCAAGAUAUACGGCACGGAGCGCGACGCCAACAACAGGACGCCGUUCAUAGCCGCGCGCAACACCAACGGCAACUAGUGGCGGCGCGGACCGUGUGCGUGCGCCCCACGGCCGGGAACUUACGCGGCGCGGGGGGCGGAGGGACUCGCCGUGUGUGAGUAGCGAGCGUUCGGGCGUCGCUUCGGCCCGGCGGGUGUCCACAAAGUGUUUGGCUGUGGUUCUUAUCUAGACUAUUCCUAGAGGCAAGAUUUUAUGGUUUCAUUUUUCAAGCCAAUGUGUUUUUAAAGCAGGAGAUUUCAAUGUCAUAAUAAUUUUUAUAAAUUUCUGUUCAUUCAUAAAGGUACCUUUGUGUAUUAUUAUUUAAAAAAAAAAAAAAAAAGGGCACUUAAAUCUCAUUUAUUACUUAUUGAAUGAAAAUAGUGUAAUUUUAUCUGUGAUACAUAGUGCAUUUUUACAAUAAAAUAAUUUAAUAUUAGAAUGUCUAGAACAGAAUUAUUUGGAACGGUAAAAUUAAAUUGUGUGUAGGAAAAAAAGUAUCAACUUAAAAUAUAACUUAAAGAGAUGCAAGAUUAAACAAAGUAAAAUUAAAUUUUUUGUUAUUAAUAUUUUCUACUCAUUUUGGUAUAAACUUUGUGAUAAAUAAAUUGCAUUUCUAGAAUAAAUUUUAUCUAAACAUUACUUUUUUUUUAUUUGAGUUAAGUUUUGUUAAAAUACUGAUAAAUUCCAUCUGUUUAGGUGCUAUGCAUUUUGGUAAUGUAAGAGAAUGGUGUAACAACAUAAUUUCUGAGCUGUUUUUUCUGUCUUAUUGUGACUCACCAUAAAAUCUUGUCUCUAAUUUAACUUUGAAGCAAUUGAGUGUCUGUAUGUAAUAGUUGAAUUCAUUUAUUUAUUUUAUUUAAAGAAAGUAUACAAAAACAGAUACAACUAUAGAAUUUUAAUGUGCAUCAACUUGCCUUUUUUUUUAUUCAUGAUUUUUUGUCAGUUGUAUGACAUAACAUGGUAUAAUGUUGUAUUGUAUAGAUAUAGGUACAAAAUAGCAUGCUGAAUUAAAAAUAUUUAAUAAUUCAGUUUGUUUAGUUACAAGUUACUUGAGAGGGAAAAGAAUUUGCAUGACAAUUCAUUUCUUACUUUUUCGAAUUGUGUACUUAUAUGUUUUAAUGCUAAGAUUUUAUAAACAGUUUAUGCUCUCUGUAUAUAUAAUUUUCCCUUCAAAUUUUGUAUGAAAUUCUAUAAAUGACCAUAGUGGACAAUUUUUAAGAAAUAUUAAUAAAAAUUAAUUUAAAAUAUUGAAGAUAAGAUAGUGAUCUGAAACACUAAAAUUUAUUGAAAUGUGGCUGUGUAUUAUUGCUAGCAGACUCUAUAUAGCAAAAAAUAAAAUUAACUAGAGUUGUAGAAGUUAAAAUCUACCCAUUAAAUGUUAUGCUGACUAUUGUGGGGGUUAUAAUUAAUUAAGUAUGCCCUUAAUAAUAAACAUAUAAACCCUCUAAAAAUUAAUGUUAAUAUUUUUCCUUAAAUAAUCUGUUAUUUCCUGUACCUACCAUAUUAUGUUUAUUAAUUUAAUUUAUUUUUUUUUUUUUUUUUUUUUUUUUUUCCCCAAGAUAGAAUGCAGAAAUAGUUCAAAAUUUCAAAUUGUUGACAUGUGGGACAAGAAUAGCUUUCAUUUUGUUUGGUGAAAACUUUUACCGUUUAUUUUGUUGAAAGGCUCACAUUGUGUAAUUACGAAGAAAUUUAUCCAUUUUUUGCUGCCAAAAAUUUAUUGUUUAUUAAUUUUAAUCAGUUAUUCAAUUCUAAAUCUAGCAAUUAGUGUCUAAACCGUAAAUUACUCUGAAAUAAGUGUUAUUUAUUGCAAUAUAUAAAUACGUACACAUACACACUUUAAAAACUAACCCAGCAUUAUUUUGUGACUAGGGUUGAAAAUUAUGAACCUUAAAGGAAAUACCAUUAUGUAUUCCACUAUAGGGUUCUGCGAAUAUUCGAAAUUACCGAAUUCGAGUUCGAACUUUUUGAUAUUCGAUUCGUAAAUUCGAAUCAAAUUCAUUUUACAAUAAUUCGACUUGACAUCCCCCUCCCCCAAUUUUAAAAAAAUGUAAAUGGACGAUUACAUCUUCCACUUACAAAAAAUUAUACAUCGAAACCCCUUAUUUACGUUACCGUUAUUUACGUUUUCACGUUAUUUGAACCAUUUUAUUUCUGUCCCGUUUUAACCUCAUUGGAUGUAAUGCAAUGAAUUCCCGUUGUAUACAACGCACCUAUUGCUUUACGCAGUUUACGCUGUUCGUUCUGAUAAAACUGCUUACUAACUUAAUUAAUCCUAUUACAAAGUAAUCUGAUAUGUAAAUCGUGUUUUAAAGACUUUUUUAAAAGUUAAAAACUUCAUCUUAAACGUCUCGGGAGUCGCUUUAUACCGCUUAUAAAAACGUAAACAGCACCAGUUUGGUUGUGUUGAUUCCUGUAUUCCUGUAUAGAGCGCACGCACGUAGUCGAAAAUUGAUGUCGAUAGCUCGCAGACUGCAUGCACGCGCGCGCUCUGUCAGUAACCAAGUUAACCCGUACGAUCGUUAUGCGUAUAGUUACAAAUCACGUUCUUGUUACGGGUUUCUGUUCUUUUUUUUACGUUGAAUAAAAUGGUUUUAUUGCAUCACUCAUUAAUUUAAAUUAUUUAGCUUGCUUUCGCAAAGUCUACUUUUUAAAUAAACGUACUUUCCAUGAAAAGGUCUUGUUUUUAUGGAUUACUUUACAUUCUUUUUUGCAUAAUAGCAUUCUCCGUUCUCUCUUACCCGAGUUUUGGAAUAAACAAAGCCUCUUGUAAACAAACAUUUUCAUUGGCUGCCGUCCGCCGCGCACAUUAUUCGUGCCCAAGAAAUAGUCCCUUGGUUACGUACCAUUUGUAAGUAUUUUUACACUACCUUUUUUAUAACAAUUGUUGUUAUAUAGCAUUAUAGCGUUUCAACAUUAAUAUCCAAUACAGUUUAAUGUGUCAGCAAGUAUUUACUUACAAUUAUGUUAGCAGACGCUGUGUGUAGUCUACAGUUGAUACCCGGCGCAACAAUUGUAUUUCGGAUUCGUUCGCGCACGGUUUAUUAUGGCUGACGCCGGACAAGGUUUUGUAAAGCACAGAAUGGGAAAGCCUUUGAAAAGUGCACAGAAAACUAUUGUGUUGAAUGUUUUUUUAAACAUUUUCAGACAAAUAUUUGGAUCGUCGUGUGAACGAUAUCGCGAGUUUAACUGCGAAAUUUACGAGUGUUUCGAAGAACAGUCUGCUUCGUGCAAGGAAAGAAUUACAGGGCACUGGGGCAUUAACAACUCCCGGGAAGAAAAGGAAACUUGAGUAUCCUGUUAUCAAAACUUGUGAUGAUUUUGUGAAGACGGCUUUUAGGCGCAAAGUGCAUAGUUUUUUCUUCGCAAAUGAACCACCUACACUGAACAAAGUGCUACGGUGCUUCCUGUUAUAUUACUUCGCCGUUAUUUUAUUAGCACCGACUAUACUGAAGUGUGUGUGUUGCAACUAGAACUAGUGCUUGGCGCGCAAGAAGAAUUCAGCCUAUCACUUGCUGACGCGGCGCAGUGAUACGACGGUGUUUGUUUAUUUCAAAACUCAGCUAAGAGUGAACCCACGGUCUCACCCCUAAUUAUAAACUUGAUUUUAGAAUAAAAUGUGCAUUGCUUACGCGAUAAAAACGGUAAAUUUUUUUUGACGUGAUUACGUCUAAUAAAUCGACGCACGCCGGCUGCACGCACUAAAAAGUGUCCCGUUACGCUGUGUCCCGUUACGCUCAUUGUACGAUUGCGCCGCAUCUAUCUCUCUUCCACUCGAUUGGAACAACAAUCGAUUUGACUUUUUCGAGGCGCAUUAAACUUGAAACACUCCCAUUCGUUUCCUACUUUUCUUAUCAUCGUCCUAUCCUUAACAGAAUAACACAGAUUGGAAGAAGUUAAAUAGCAAACAUGUAUAAAAGUUAUAGUUAAAAUAAUCUCUUCGUUAAAGUAAUAAACAUAUUUGAAUUAAUGAGUGCAAAUAAAAGUAAAUACAUCAAUUAAAUUGUAGAUUUAAUUUCACUUCUUUGUAUCCAUACAAAGUAGUGAUAAUUCAAUAAAAAUUAUUAAAUUUUAUUCAUUAAAGUAUGCAAUCAUUUCAUCAAUGUUUCGUUAUGAUGUCACGUUAAACUAUCGUCCGUAAACCGACUUUACAGACAACCAUUUUUUUUUCUUUUGUACCACUUCCUUAUGUUGUGAUAUUUUUAUUAAUAUUUUUAUCCUUGGAAGUCAAACAUGCUAAAUAAGGUGGCAAGUGAAGAGAGUUUUCUCUACAGUAGGCAACAUAGUUACCAGCCGCAGAGAAUUGUUGUUGCCGCACCAUGUCGAUGAACUCACCUUUCUCCAUGGCAAUUUGAAAUGAUUUGCGAAAAGAUUUAUAGACUUUUUUUUUUUUUUUUUUUUUUUUUUGCGAAUCUGGUUGUGCUUCUUCAAAAUAGUCUUACUUUAAUUUUAGUUACUUGAUUUAAACUGUGAAUUAUGUGACAAUGAUCUACGUUAUUUUAAAAUUAUUCCCAAAUUCGAUUCGAAAAAAAUUCGAAACUCGUGAAUUUUUUUGAAAUUCGAUUCGAAUUUGAUUCGAACUGAAAAAUCACAAUUCGCAGAUGUCUAUUCCACUACACAUUAAAAUAAAGCGUUAAUACGUACUUAUUUCUUUUUCAAAUUAAAAGUUAUCCAACAAUUUUUACGUUAGACAGACUGUCCCCUCCCCACCAUCCCCUCUCCACCAUCCCCUCCCCACCAUCCCCUCCCCACCAUCCCCUCCCCACCAUCCCCUCCCCCCAUCCCCUCCCCCCAUCCCCUCCCCACCAUCCCCUCCCCACCAUCCCCUCCCCAACCCUCCCCCCUCAAAUAAAAUUCUUAUACGCUCCUGGUUUUGUGUAGAUUUCUUUCGGAAGUACGAUGGACUUGCGCAAACACAGUGGACAUGGAAUAGUUGCUGCUUAUUGUUGUACAGGUUCAAACAAAGUAAUUGUGUAGGAUUUUGGUUAAUGAUUCUGCCAGUAGUUUCUGUGUAGCCUGUAGCGUAUUUAAAUAGCAAGAACUUAAACAAUUUGAUUAAACAUUUACGUUGUUUAUUCUUUGUUGUUAUUAUUUUCUUCAUUUGAAUUAAUCAAUUAGUCCAGUGAAUAAAAAAAUGAAUUAGAGAUAAAAUAUUUCUCAAAAUGUAAUGCAUUUUGGCAUCGUGGUGUACUUCGAACCUAACGAGGGGAUUAUACCUUUUUCAAUUUUAUUUAUUUUGGAGUGUGAUUUUCAUAAAGUCUUAAUAAUUUUUGUAAUUGUAAUCUUUAUAAUGUUUAAAUUGCUAAAUGUUUCAAACAAACUUUAUAUUGCUGCAAUUUCUUAAUGCAAGAAGCACAUCUUGUCAGUUGUAUUUUAAUAUAGGUAGAUGAUAGUAAUUGUUAUUGUUUCGGAUACUAGAACUACAGUAAAUGCAAACCUAUUAUAUUGUGCUUUAAUUUAUUGUUUCUUGAGCUUUAAUCUACUUCUUCCAUCAUAUUCUUCCAUUGUCCUUGCUCAAACUUCUUGCCAUGAUUUUGUAAUUUUUAUAAUCUACUUUCGUCUUCCUCAAAAUAUUUUCUCUGAUGUUACGUUUCUAGCAGCUAUUGGCUGGAAUAUUAACUGCUGUCUUUAGUCAGACAGAUUAUGGCUUUUUUUAUAUACCAGAUUGUAGUUUGGCUCAAUUAAUUUGAGAUGGUUUGUAAGCAUGAAAUGUCUUGUUUUUGUGUGCAUGAACUUAAAUUGUUUACCCUGCUGCCUUUUCAAGUAUUCUGUAAGAACUUGUUCGCAUGAAUCACUUUAUUUAUCAAGAAUUCCUCUCCAAACAGUUGUCGACCAACAAGAAUCAUGUUUAAAUUAUGUCGGUUGCGAUUGGCUGAUGAGUUCCUCAUAAUUAAUUAUGUAUUACACGUAUAUUAGAUAGGCAAGUCAUUGGUGUGAUCCAACUUCCUACGUGUAUCAUAUUUGCCUAUGACUUUAGGAGCUUCGGGUCGCAGCACUCUGUAACCUUUCGAAGUCCUGUUUAAUCAAGCCAUUCAGAGUAUAAAUGCAUAACCGCGUAACUGUGUACAUUUAAUUCCUCCUUUACCUUACCAGUCUGUCAGUAACCUAAACUUAAAAAAUGAAAAUAUUUUGAUAACAUUUUUAUUAACAUUAAAAGUGUAGGUUACUUAAAAAAAAAUUUUAAUUUAUUUUUACAAGUGAAUACAUUAUGUCCUGCAUUUAUUCUACUUCUACAGUUCAAAUUAAAGUGCAUUUUUUAGAAUAGUUCGUGAAUUUGAGUUUUGCCCAUAAAGUCACUCGUAUUUCAUUUCAUAAGAACAUAUUUUAUAUCUUGUCUUAGACAGUAAACAUUGCCUUUGGGGACAUAUUUGUUUCUCGCUUUAAAUAUGUAUUUUUCGCGGAUAUUUUACCAUGUUACCCGAUGUUUGAGAUUUACUCUUAGUUAAUUUUAAAAUGUAUUUUUAAUGACAAAUUCAUAAAUUUUUGAAAAACAUUUUUAGAGGAUUUUGGGUGGUUGUAAGACAUAAAUACAGUAAGACAGAUUUCAAUAAGUUUGGUUUUCUGUUUUAUUUAUUAUCAAUGAAAAACCUUAGUCCUUUUCAUUAGAACUAUCAUGUAAAUAACAUUUUUUUAUACUAAAAUUGCUAGAAAUAUUUUCUUUCAAAUUGGUUGUUGUCACUUGUUUGUGAUUUCACUGCUGUUUUUAAGUUAUUGAGGAUGAAAGCUUGCUGAAAAGAAAGGGUUGCUACUUUGAUUUCUGAGGGUGCUAGUUCCUACAAGGAUGUACUAGAGUCUGUUGGUGGUUUCGUGUCAGAUUCUGUAUAAAUAGAUUGAGGAGUUAAAUGUAUUUUUGAGCAUUUAGUUUAAAUUAAACCUUUCAUGUGACAACUAAAAUUGUGCUUUUGCAGAAAGCUUUUCUUCUCCAUCAGGUUGCAGUAUAAAUGUUUGUAUUUUUAAGUUUUUUUUUACUCUGCACAAAUGUAGUAGGAUUAGUUUUUGUCUUGUUUAUGUCUCAAUUUAAGAAAUUAAAAAAAAAAGUUGUUUAAAAAAAUAUACAUCACAUUUUCUGUAAUCAUCACAAAUAUGUUAAAAUAUUUUUUCUGUUGUAUGGAAGUAUCACUUUUGCUACAACUCUCCAACACUUUGUGGACGCCGAAGAAUUUUGAAUGUUUGAAAGUGAACACAUUUUUUUUUAAUACUGCUGUGUCUUCGUGAAUGAUGAUUGUACGAUUGUACAUUUUACUGUGUGUAUACAUAAGUUGUUACCCCAUAUCGGAAUUCAUACCACCUCUUCGUUCCUUUUCUAUAUUAUUUAUAGUUUUGUUUUGUAAUUGGAAUUUUGGUGCUUUCACGUUUAUACCAGUAAUGUCGUGACUCAGACACAGUGUUUGAAAAGCUGAGGAAAAAAAAAACUUUUAUGAGAUUGUGAUACAAAUGUAAGACAUUUAUGAAUGCCAAUUUGCAGUUAAGUUUCAAGUUUGUUGCAGUUUCUGUUACGGUGAGAUGACUACUGUGCGUUCAGUUGUCGCCAUGAUGUUUUUGCGAUACAGAAAUAUUUAAGGCACAAUUGACGAUAACGUGAUGUAUUUUAGAGUAGCGUAGAUGCUGUAUUUGUGUUAACGAAGGUGAAUAGAGGUUGUGUAGGUAUUCUGGACUGAUCGUAUAUACGAAUAACGUGCGUGUUAGCUAUGUGUACCUUUGUAUGCAUUUCUAGUCGGCCGUCAGAUGUCGACUACCGUGCUUACUCCCCGAGAGUACUGUAUUCGUUAGGUCUCGCCCCUUUCCCAUCUCUAUCUUGCACAGUAGGUGUGGCACCCAAUACUAAGCAUCCACCACUGUCUCACAAAGUCGUUACUUUUUGCCUGGAGUGUGGACAUAAAGCUCCGACCAUCACGUAUUCACUUCACUUGCCGUUUUUAACUCAGGAGUCAGCCGUGCGACUAUGCCAAGUCUUUCCAUUCCUGGAAUUUCGCCGUAUUGUAUUACUUUCAACAAAUAAUCAGUAAUCUUUAGUUCAAAGGUUUCAACACCAAUUGCAAUUAAUGUGUGUUAUUUAUUUCUGGCCUACGCAGUUAUGUGUUUGAUUUUUUUAAUUGUCUUUAAAUCUUAAGAUUCGUGGAGCUGUCAAUUUUUUUGUAAUUUCUGUAGGAGAGAACUGUAUGUGUAUGUAUGUUUAUUGUGUAAACAAUUGCAAGUGAGUUGGUGAUAAGUGUGACAGUUCUUUGUCACACCACCAGUUGUUAAAGUGUGUUGUUAGCAGACUGUUCACAUUCUCUGCGUGUGACUUGUAUGUUGAUGUGUUUAUAGCGUGUCUGCUGCGUUCACAAACUUUGCACUUGCUGUUUGCAGAUGUUUUUCGUACAGACCUUUACGAAGAUGGUACAAUAUUUAAAAUACGUUUCCUUCCACCUUGUUGCCAAAUUCCUUUCUAGCUCUACCAGUGUUUAAUUAUGGUUGUGUGGAUGAAAUAAAGUUUGUGAUGUUUUGUAAAUACGAAGAUAAUUAAGUUACGCAUAUGAAUGGGGCAAAAAUUUUCCCAUUUAACUGUUUAAUUUGUGCUCGAUUUAGAUAAAAUUGUUACAUUGACAUUUUAGUAUUUCAUUGCAAUUCGGGAUUCCACUGGCAGGCAACAUUUCAAAGAAGUAGUCCUGUGCGAAUAUUCAAAUUUUCGAAUAUGAACAGUUCGUUAUUUGUAUUCAAUUCAACCUCAAAUACUAACACUUAAAAAUAACAAUCAUUUGCUUAUGAAUAUUUGACAUAGCAUACCCCUUGAGUUUGUGGUAUACCAACGAUCACUGUUGAGUUUAAUUCAUUUGUGUAAUAUAAUAACCUGCUUUUGAUGUUUUAAUAGGACUUCAUAAACCAAAACAAUAAGUGACAUGUAUUCACAAAUUUUUUUACUACUGUCUUGCUAAACAGUAAUGGAAAAAUUGCGGGAACAAUUUAAAACACUGCGUAUUUGUGACAUUUCAAACUUGAAAACAAAAUAUUAUUUUAUUCGUUUUGUACACAUACCAGUAGUGGGGAAAAAAAAUUAAUAAACAGCAACAACCAAGGACAACAACACCAAAAAACACGGACACUCCAUUGUGAUGACCAUUAAAAGAAUGAAAGCCAUAGUUUCAAUGGCAUAUAAAUCAAUAGUCUCAAUCAGCUUACUUGCCAUAUGUAUCUAUGACGAAACAUGUUGCAGCUCUAUAUGUGUGAAUAACUAGGGUUUAAAUUUGUAAAUAUGAGCACAUUUAAUCACUAAUUUGGGAACAUAGCAUUUUAAAAAAAUCCACAUUUUUCGUGAAAUAGAUUGGAUUUCAUGAUAUUUUAGGUUCACGAAAAUUUUCUGGAUCAGAGUAGCAGGUUCAGGAAAAUAAGGCAUAUAGGAACUGAAGUGAAAUGUUAGUUGAUUAUGUUAAGUUAGGUGAAGAUGCAGUAUUUUAAUUUAAUUCCUUUCAAAAAUCAACCUCAAAGCUAGGGUUCAGUAUUUUUUUCAAAUCUUUUUCGCUUUUGUCGAAGCCAUUUCAUUACAUAGUUAAGAAUUUUGCUCUGCAAAUCGAAUGAUUCAGUAGUUGAUGUAACUCCUCUGACAUCAAGUUCUAGCAGUGGGUGCAGAAACUACGCGUGAUUCACGUCAAGAAAUGUGGUUGGAAAAUAAAAUUUUCUUAUAUUUAUCAUGCUCAGCAUUAUUUUAAAGAAUUCUGCAUUAGAUUUUGUGUCCUUGUUUCAUAUUAUAAGUUUAUUUGCAACAUGAGAACAUGUAAAUUUGCUCGUUACCGAGGUUAGAUGUUGCACAUCUCUGGUGAGUACUGAAGGACUCGUUCAAAUUAUUAUUGUUAUUAUUAUUAUUAUUUUCCAUUUUCUUGUCAUUGCUGUUUUUUAAGAGCUAUUUCUGUAAAUUUAACACAAUAGCUCUCUCUGCAUUUGUUCUGCCAGUGAUAUUUUCUAAUUGUAACAUGGCUGUAAAAUGCUGUGCAAAUAUUUGUAAAUUAUUAUCUUGCACAGCAUUUUACAGCUUACAAAUAAUGUUUUUGUGAUCAUCUGGUGAUAAAACAUGCCACCAAGCAACGAAUGCAAGAGAUCUAUUGUUGGUAAAUACUACAGAACUCGAGCUUAGCACAAAGUGCGGGUCCGAGCCUGGAAAUUCUGAUUCCGUACUUGUUAUUUAGCGGUUUUACUUUGGUAGCAAAGUUUAAUGAAAGUGUAAUGUUUUUGAACAAUGUGUAGUGGUUUGCACGUGCUUGUGUGAGCUUCGAUAUGUUGUCUGCCGAGUUGUUCCCCCGUUCCCCCGAGUGUGUUGAUUCUCUCCCCGCAACACGAGUGUCCCUGGGCUGGGCAACUCGCAGCGCUGGUUUCGUUGCAAGCGUGGCGGGACGGUUCCUGCUCUCGUUAUUCUCUUAACGUGUAAAUAUUUACCUUCAAAUUACUUUCUCAUAGACUAGUCAUGCAACGCUAACCCAUGUAGCAUUUUAUUGUCGUUUUAGGAUUUGUGUACAUAAUGCACAGAAAUAGUUUUAAGUGCGCUUAAUUUAUUUUUUUUUUAGCAUGUUUUGUUAACAUUGUAUUGUUACGUGUAUUAUUGUAAAGUAUUUUGUUGAUAAAAAAUUGUAUUUAUUUUCAAGUACUUGUUUCUCAUGUCAAAAUGGUUAAUUAUGUAAAAUAUUUCAUUAUGGUUAGACUUCUUGGCCAGAUAUAUAAUACAUUUGUUAAGAAUUUUUUAACUUUGCUCACAAGUGUAGAACAUUGCAACUGAAGCUGUACAACUGUGCUUUUGUAAAAAAUUUGGCAUAUUUCCUUAUAUUUUCAGAGCUCAAUUGUAUUUAUGGAAAAAAAAAUUUAUAUGAGCCAAACUAUUUUAGUGACCAGCUCCUUUGUGAAAGUUGUUCUGAAGUUGCAGUAAUGUAGUAUUCUCAUUUUUUUUCAGUGAUAUCAUUAAACCAUAUUGGUUCGUUUAAAGAAA